ACACGUUUUUUGUACGAGCCUACACAAGAAUUUUAUCGGAAUCGCAUUUCCGUAAGUGGAACAAAAGCAGCUACACGGUUGUUACUAUUUGCUGCAACGACUGCUACAGUAACAACAAUAUAAGCAUAACGAAAAUGUCCAUAUCGACAAAGCACACAUAUCUUGCUUUUAUGUCAGGGCCGCACAGCACUCCCGAAUGCGAAAACCCCAACAGCUCCAAUCGUAAAAGUAGUUACCACCCACCACAUCAGAACAAAUUUCGACGCCACCAUCAACACAUUCCACGCUUGUGCUGCACUUCGACUCGCCUCAGUUUUGUCACAAUCCUACUGGUUUCGUUGUUGCUUAGCGCGCAGCUGCACUCCACAGAAGCCAAACCAAAGUCGCGUAAAAGUUCCACCAGUCAUCACAGCAACGAUGAGAAAUCACCAUCGGAGGGUCAGCGCUUCGCAAUGGAACCGCAAGACCAAACCGCUGUUGUGGGUUCACGCGUUACGUUGCCUUGCCGUGUGAUGGGGAAGGUGGGCGCAUUGCAAUGGACUAAAGAUGAUUUUGGCCUGGGCCAGCAUCGUAAUUUGAGCGGCUUUGAAAGGUAUUCGAUGGUGGGCAGCGAUGAGGAGGGCGACUUUUCGCUAGAUAUUUAUCCAGUGAUGCUGGACGAUGACGCCAAAUAUCAGUGCCAAGUUGGGCCCGGGCCGGAGGGUGAGGCGGGUAUCCGUUCGCGUUUUGCCAAGCUGACUAUACUGGUACCACCGGAAGCGCCGAAAAUUACACAGGGUGAAGUUAUUUUUACAACGGAGGACCGAGAGAUUGAGCUGGAGUGCGUAUCGGCGGGUGGCAAACCUGCGGCCGAGAUCACUUGGAUUGAUGGUCUUGGCAAUGUGCUAACCAAAGGCAUCGAAUAUGUGAAAGAACCAUUAUCGGACUCGAGGCGUAUAACAGCCAAGUCGAUAUUGAAGUUGGCACCCAAGAAAGAGCAUCACAAUACGACAUUCACUUGCCAAGCGCAGAAUACAGCGGAUCGUACUUAUCGCUCUGCUAAAAUAUUAAUAGAGGUUAAAUAUGCACCUAAGGUGGUGGUUUCCGUCAUCAGCGGCGCCUUGGCUGGUGGUCGCAUACUUGAAGGUUCCGAAGUAAUACUAUCCUGCCAGGCGGAAGCAAAUCCACCACCGCAAAGCUAUCGGUGGUUCAUAAACGAUGAGUUGGUGACUGGAGAUUACACUACGAAGAUGAUCAUACACAAUGUUACGCGUCAGCAUCACGAAGCUUUGGUUAAAUGUGAAGUUGUCAAUGCGGUGGGAAAAAGUGAAGAGACUGAAACAUUGGACAUCGGCUAUGGUCCUGUUUUCAAACACCGGCCCAUGUCUGUUGAAGCGGACUUAGGCACCAAUGCGAAUUUGCGUUGCAACGUAGAUGGCAAUCCAACGCCUGAAAUCGAAUGGAUUAAUGAAAAUACAGAUCAGGUCGUUGGCACCUCAGCGAAUCUCACACUCAAGGUGACUACCGAGUCAGCAGGGCGCUACUACUGCAAAGCAAUAGUUUCGGGAUUCCCAGAGAUUGGUGCCGAGGCUACGAUUUUCGUAAAGCGUGCUCCGAUUAUCACCUCGCAUAAGGUGCAAUUUGGUGCUGUGGGGAGUCGUGCAAAAAUCGAUUGUGUAGCAUUCAGUGUACCCAAAGCGGAACAGAUUCUUUGGUCAUUCGAUGGCAAAGUGAUUAAUAUGAGCACCGCCGAUCCGGAUAUUUACAUAUUCGAAGAGCAUCAUUUGCCGGAAGGUGUCCGUGCAGCGCUUAUAAUUAAAGAGAGCCGCUCCAGUCAUUAUGGACGAUACAAUUGUACGGUUAUGAACUCAUAUGGCAGCGAUUCCUUGCUCAUUAAUUUGAAACCAGAACCUGGUUCUGUACCAAUUCUGCUUGUCGUAAUGGGCUCACUCUCUUCGGUAGCUAUCAUUAUUAUGAUCGUGAUGCUGGUGAUAGUUUACAUGAAACGGAAUAAUAAGAAACCCAUGCCGGCGGAUGUCAUACCAGAGGCAUCGCGUGGUGGCGACAAACUGUCCGAUUUGAAGCAUGAACUGCGGAGUAAGGCGUAUGAUGUGGAUUACUCAGAGGCAGGCUCCGAUGGCUUGGCGAUCAAUUUGACGCAUACUCCAAUGCCUGAUGUGCAGAUGAAGGGCGCCACGUUGGGUGUACCACUAGCGGGGCCCGUGAAAUUGGAUGACAGAUUUUCCGGUGAAUUCAGCUAUACCCGCCAAUGUCAUAUCAAAAACUUAAAAAAUCAAGACUACAAAGAGACUGUAAACGGCUAUACCCCAUAUUUCGAGUAUGCGCUCGACUAUAGUCCACCCACGGAGGGAAGCAAACCUGGCAGUGCUGCUGCCAACAACGCCAACAAGUCCCAAUCAAGCACAAUCAACUCGGCCACCUUGCCGCACUACACAAAUCCCGUUACAACCACUGGUAAUCUUAGCUUGCCACGCAAUCGCAACGAUAUGCAGCAACAGCCGCAGCAGAGCACCGCUCAAAUGGGCAAUGGAUUCCUUGCUGGUCAAUCGCUUCUCCAGAACGGCAUAGAUAGUCGCUUCAGCGCUAUCUACGGUAAUCCAUACCUGCGUUCAAACUCAUCACUGCUGCCGCCAUUGCCACCGCCAAGCACGGCAAAUCCUGCCGCCACACCUGCGCCACCACCCUACCAACGUCACCAUCACCAUCCCAGCCAUCAACAUGCGAAUACGAAUGGCGGUAUCGGCAUCAAUGCGUUUAAGAACUUUAGCGCAGUAACGGGUGGUAUCGGCAUCGGAGGCAAUAGCACCAAUGGCGCUGGCAGCGUUAGUGGAAGCAGUUCCAAUUUGACGGCCAGCAGCAACACACUUGCGGCGAUGACACCACUCACACAAGCCGCACCUAUUUCCACCGCAACACCUGUGACGACUACGACGCCGAUGACAGUAGCGGUGGCGGUGGCGCAAAGUCCCUCCGGCCAAUUCAUACUACCAACGAAUGGCAAAUCGAAGAGUGGUGCAUUGGCCACACAUGUCUAAAAGAAAGUUUAGGCGCUUGCGCCAAUCACGGCACAUUUAACGCACGUACACUGCACCCUGUAUACAAUUUGAAGCACCUUGUACUUUAGUCGCGCACGCUAUCCAAUCGCAGCAGCAGCUAGAAACACUCGUCCUUAAACGUCAAUGCUACGCACACGCUCAUGCCUAUGUACAUACAUACAUACAUAUAUACCUACGUAGUAUACAUGCAUACUUAUAUGUAUGGGUAUUUAUACCGUUGCAAAACACUCUUAUCUGUACGAAUGUGUGUGUUGUAUCUGCAAGUAUAUACAUAUAUCUCAAAAGUAAUUAUUUAAGACAAUUUACGGGUCGGGAAGCUGUGAGUAACUGGCCCGCCCAUAUCAUUAGCGUAUUUGUAGAAUAAAUUUUUAAAAGUAAUCGUAAACUUACGUAUUGUAAAUCGCUACCAACUGAUAAAGCUAGCAGAGAUUUUAGUCAAUUAGCGAAAAUUGUAAAUUUUUAACCACAAAUAUCAGACAGAAAGGGGAUGUUUUAAUCGAUAAAUAAAGCAAACGGGUUAUAAAAGGAACGAAAAAUGUAACAAAAUAAAAUAAAAUUAAAUGAAAUGAAAUGAAAUAAAAUAAAAGUGGCUAUGAAAUAUAAAAAUAUGAACCAUAUUAAACAUAAAUAAGAACAAAAGGAGAAGAAAAAGAAAUUAAGUAAAAAGAAAUGAGAUAAAGUAAAAAAAUAUAUCAAAACAUAAUAAAAAACUGAAACUAAAAAGCAUAUAAAUUAAAUUAAAA